CCUAUCCUCUGCUAGCAGCCUAGAUGACUGAUGGAGUUCGCGUCAGUGAAGGCAGGCGCAGGGCAGUGAAUGGAGACGCGACUACGAAGGUCUGGCCGCGGGCAGGCGAAGAAGGACGACGCGCGGGAUCAGGACCGCGGGAAGAGGAAGCGCGACGAGCAGAUCAAGGCGAGCAAGAACGACGAGGACGAUGAACAGCAGCAGCUGCCUUCUUACGAUUAUCUUCCUCAGGAUCCCGAGUCAUUAAUGCGCGAGAAGACGCAGCACAGAAGAUGGUGCACUGUCGAGAGCGAUCCGGCGGUGUUUUCCCAGAUCCUCCAGGAGAUCGGGGUGCAGGGCGCAAAAGUAGCUGAGCUCUACUCUCUCGACAGUCAGGAACUGUCAAUUCUCCCUCAGGCUUACGGACUCAUCUUUCUCUUUCGGUGGGAGUCCCACGACGACGACGACACAGAACAUGCCUCCCCUUCAACCACAGUCACCAGAGACAGCACCGCAAAUACACCCUGGUUCGCAAGCCAAGUCGCAGACAACGCGUGCGCCUCGCUAGCCCUUCUAAACAUCAUCCUCAAUCUACCCGACAGCACCACAACUCCCACAGCAUCAAUCGACACAGGCGAAUACCUUCGCCUAUUCAAGUCCUUCACGGCAGACUUCAACUACGUGAAUCGCGGGCUCGCGCUCGCAAACUUUGACCGCUUGCGCUCGAUCCACAACAAGUUUGCGCGCGCGGUCGACGUCCGCUCUGCUGAUAUCGAUAUCUGUAGGGCGGCAGCCGAUGCGUCUGCGCGGGAAAAAAAGAAAACUAAAAAGAAGCGGAAGCGCGGUCGCCGUAAUGCUGACGAUAUCGACGACGACGAAGACGACGACAGCGACGACCAGUACGAGGACGAGGAAGCGUUCCACUUCAUCGGCUUUGUCCCGUUCGAAAACGCACUCUGGGAACUAGACGGUCUAACCGGCGCGCCGAAACAAAUCGGCAGCUCAGACAACUGGAUCGAGACUGCGAUCAGUCGCAUCCGGCACCGGAUCGAGCGGUAUGCCGCCGACGAAAUCAGGUUCAAUCUGAUGGCUGUCGUCAAGGACGCGCUUUACGAGCAUAGACGCGAGAUCCGCGCGCGGCACGCGAUUCUGCGGGAGGUUGAAGUUAGACUUGAGAAGGUGCUGGCUGGGGGCAAGUGGCAGGAACUGCUGACUGACGAGGCACAGCUGGCGAGGAGUUUUCGCGGACAGAUCGAUAUGGAGUUGGCGCUUGCGAUGACUGAUUCAGAGAGCGAGGAACUUGAAUUGGUCAGGAAGUUGUGUGAUGUUGAUGAGUUAGCUCGUCUACAUGACGAGAAAAGAAAAGCGUUGAUUGACGCGAUCAGCGAUGCGAGACCUGAGGAGAUAGCAAACGAAGACCGACAGAACUACGCGCUAAAGAAACAGUUUGAAUACUCCCCGUUCGUGCGCACGUUCAUCGCCGAACUGCGGAAGCACAACGAGAAUUUCAACGAGCUCAUGAGUUGACGCUACAUACUCCGAUAGAGAUAGACUAGUACUCAUAUAUAAUUUGCUUUUAUUUAUCCAGG